AGCAGCCAGGUCUGGAGAAGAACGGCAGUACGAGCGGAGAGAGAGAGGCACCGCGACCGACCGUGGUUACCGAUUUAUUUUCAUUUUUUACGGCGACAAACGAGUGAAAAGGGGGGCACGACGCGCCUUUUUACCCGAACUGAGCGUCAGGUGUAGCUUCCUAGCUCGCUAAGGGCAGAGGGUGAUAGCGGAGAAGGUGAGAGAAAUAAAAAAUAAGCCAAAAAAGCGAAAGAAGACGCCGUGACGAAGAGAGCAGAGACGGACAGACAUGGCCACAACAACUUGUACGCGAUUUACGGACGAAUAUCAGCUCUACGAGGAGCUCGGCAAGGGAGCAUUUUCAGUGGUGCGUCGAUGCGUGAAGCUGUGCACAGGCCAAGAGUAUGCUGCCAAAAUCAUCAACACCAAAAAACUAUCAGCAAGAGAUCAUCAGAAGCUUGAGAGAGAGGCUCGAAUUUGUCGACUGCUCAAGCACCCAAAUAUUGUUCGCCUUCAUGACAGCAUAUCAGAGGAAGGCUUCCACUACUUGCUGUUUGACUUGGUGACGGGGGGAGAGCUGUUUGAAGAUAUCGUAGCCAGAGAGUACUACAGUGAGGCAGACGCCAGUCAUUGCAUCCAGCAGAUCCUGGAGGCGGUGCUUCACUGCCAUCAAAUGGGCGUGGUGCACCGAGACCUGAAGCCGGAGAACCUGCUCCUGGCCAGCAAGUGUAAGAAUGCCGCUGUGAAGCUGGCCGAUUUUGGAUUGGCCAUCGAGGUGCAGGGAGAUCAGCAGGCAUGGUUUGGUUUUGCGGGGACACCAGGGUAUCUGUCCCCUGAGGUGCUGAGGAAGGAGGCAUAUGGAAAACCUGUGGACAUCUGGGCCUGUGGUGUGAUUCUCUAUAUUCUGCUGGUUGGCUAUCCUCCAUUCUGGGAUGAAGACCAACACAAGCUCUACCAGCAGAUUAAAGCUGGAGCUUACGACUUUCCAUCUCCAGAGUGGGACACAGUCACUCCUGAAGCCAAAAACCUCAUCAACCAGAUGUUGACCAUUAACCCAGCCAAGAGAAUCACUGCACAAGAGGCCCUCAAACACCCAUGGGUCUGCCAACGGUCUACAGUGGCCUCCAUGAUGCACAGACAAGAGACAGUGGAGUGUCUGAAGAAGUUCAACGCCAGGAGGAAACUUAAAGGGGCUAUCCUGACUACCAUGCUAGUGUCACGGAACUUUUCUGUGGGUAGCAGGCAGACCACGGCUCCGGCCUCGGUCACUGCCGCUGCUGCUGCUGUUGCUGCGGCAGCAGGCACUACAGCAGGGCUGGUGGAACAAGCCAAGACUUUGCUGAACAAGAAGGCUGACGUUAAGAAGAGGAAGUCGAGCUCCACCGUUCAGUACAUGCCCCAGACCAACAGCACCAAAAACAGCAUAGUCACGAGCCCCAAAGGAAACCUCCCCUCUCCUGCACUGGAGUCAUCCGACAGCAGUAAUGCCACAGUGGAAGACGAAGACAUGAAAGGAAAGAGUGUAGAUCACAGCUCAGGUCUCGCCCAAUCAAACCCCAGCUCCCAGCCUGACCACGCCCACACCGCUCAAGGCCCUGCCCCUGCUGUCUUCACUGCCACCAAGUUUACAGACCUGCUGGGAGUGGUGCGUAAGGGCUCAGGCCCUACAGCUGAUGGUGAGGGCAGCACCAAUAACCCCCCAGCUGCCCCCGUUGCUCCUACUGCCCCUCCCACCCCUCAAACCCCAAACACUCCCAUGCAGAUGUCACGUCUCACAGACCUGGUGAGCAGUGUGCGCAGGAAUCCUGUCCCCCAGGCAGACACUGAAUCAACAGCACCCAGCCGACCCCUCACUACUCCCACCCAACCCUCCCCCCCUCCCCCCCAGCCCUCCUCCAGCCCCCUGCCUCCCUUACACUCACGCAAACAGGAGAUCAUCAAAAUCACUGAGCAGCUUAUUGAGGCCAUUAACAAUGGAGACUUUGAAGCUUAUGCUAAAAUCUGUGACCCUGGUCUGACCUCAUUUGAGCCAGAGGCUCUGGGUAACCUGGUGGAGGGCAUGGACUUCCACAGAUUCUACUUUGAGAACUUAUUGUCUAAGAACAGCAAGCCCAUCCAUACCACCAUUCUGAACCCUCACGUACACCUGAUCGGUGAAGACGCCGCCUGCAUAGCCUACAUCCGUCUCACACAGUACGUAGAUGGGCAGGGCCGGCCACGCAGCAGCCAGUCAGAGGAGACGAGGGUGUGGCAUCGCCGGGACUCCAAGUGGCAGAAUGUUCAUUUCCACUGCUCUGGGGCCCCUGCUGCUCCACUCCAAUGAAGGGACAGCUCAUUGUAGCCACAUCUGAGAAGAGCACCCAGCCAGAGAAUGAGAGAGAGAGAGAGAGAGAGGAAGAAAGAGAGAGAGAGCGAGGGAGGAAGAAGAGGAAGUCCAGUGUCAUGUGGCUUUGAGUCUGCAGUGCCUGACCCUACCACACUGGGCUCCGCCCCUCACUUGUCAAUCACGUCUCUGUGCAAUGUCCACCCCGCCCACGCCCGUGUUCCCCCCACUCCUCCCACCUGUGUUGCCACACCCUGCUAUGAGUGAAUGCUGAGCGGAGUCCGGUGGUCCUGACUGGAAUGGAUGGCAAGGCCCUUUGUGUUCACAUGACACGUCAUGCUUACUCUCUCACUGUCCGUGUUUCACACGUAAAGUGUGUACAUUUUUAAUAUUAUGAUUAAUAUAUUGUUAUUAAUGUUGUUUAUUAUUAUUAUUACUAUAAUUAUUACAACACAAAAGCAAUUGCGUGUCAUUUGUACAAUUCAUAAUUCUGGAUGCCAGUGAUUUUCCGAUAUUAGUCUUUCUUUUUGCGCAAACUUUUUUUUUUUUGCCAGAUAGCAUGACACUCGGUGUAUUCACAGUGGCUGUUUCUAUAGUAACAAAGGAGGGCAGAUUGUUGAAGCACAGUGUUUUUUUGUAUAGGCUUCUCCAUGUGAUUGACGAUUUAAAGCUCACAGUCCAGAAGUGACGGUCCAGGUUCGUCCGUGUGUGUAGGGCACGGAGUGAUUUUAAAGACAGCGAUAUGUUUGGGGUCUUCCAGUCUUCAUUUGUGCCCUUUUUUUCCCCUCCUUUCACUCAAUGUGAAAAGAGAGUGCAGAUACUAAGAUGUUUUCCAAAUCAGAAUAAACUCCAUCUUGGGUCACAUUGUGGUCACAUCGGGUCACAUUGUGGUCACAUAUCGUUGCUUAUUUGAGCCUGAUCUCAGCAGCAUCAUGAUUAUGAUAUUGGUAUUAUGCUGUAGAAUUGAACAGGUCAGCUGAACCUGGAAAGGACAGGUUCUGUAUACAUCUGUAGCUUAUCAGCCCAGCUCUUAACUAUAAGCCAUAAUCCUGCUAAAGGUGCUACAUAUUCUAGCAGGAGCAGUUCCUGCUUGUGGAGAGGACAUGCACGUCCAGACAGCACCUGUUAGUGGGUUCCUCAUAUAACUUUUGAAGGAGGCUAAUACUGUUCUUCAAUGUGAUGAUGUAAAAGGCUAAUGCAAGGCUAAAACUUAAAUAAGGAGGAAGCAUGUAGCACUAAUCUCUGAGGUGGCCGAGGCUGACUGAAGAUCUAAGUAGGGCUAAUUUGAAUUGCAGGCGGCAAAGUGUUUUUGUGUUUUAAUAUCAUUUCUAAGUUGUUUGAUAUUAUCAGUGUUACUUUUCGAUAUUUUGUUUUCAGAGGAGACACAUAUAUAGAUAUAUACAUUGUGUUUGUUUUUAGCUUUUAAGGCUCUUUGAAGGAGAUUGUUUGUACUUGAAAGCGUAUUGCUACCCUGGAUGUGAAGGUAUACCCCGUGGUUAGGCUGCCAGUACGGCAUCUUGUUUUUCGAUAACUGAGCACAGAGACGGGAAGUUUUUUUCAUUGCGUCUGCAUCGUUGAGAAGCUUUUUGUAAUGCAAGGACAAUUAGAAAGUUUAGUCUAUGAAGUGUACUUAAGAAGAUGGACAUGUAACGCAACAUAUCACACUCAGAACAGCUGGUGUUUGGUCGGCUUUGGAGCUGCUGGCAGGCAUGAGGGACUCAAGUCUGAGAGAAGCCUAAUGGCCAGGUGAACAGAGUAACCGUUUGACCUUGGCUGGUGUGAUCCAGGGGGGACAAGCAAGGCCAUUUCAGAGGCUCAUUCAUUGUUUGUGUCCUCAGGUCGUAUUUAUUUAUUUAUUUAUUUAAGUGUUUUAUCUCACUUUUUUCCUUGACAUGUCUUUUAACUUCAUGUCGGUUGUACAGUUCCCCCCCCCCCCCCCCCCCCCCCCAUUCUGUGUCUUUACAGUGACACGCUCAUUUUACUCUUGAACUCUUCUAAAGCAUAGUGAAGGUAUCAGGCUUUAGUUGAAUAGAUUUUGAUUGACAUUACAGCUCUGGUAGACGUUUACAUGUCCCAAAGCCCCUUUUUUUCAAAGCUGAAAAGAUUCAUAAAAGCUGACAAACAACCCAUCCAUCAACUGGAGCGACCCCAUGAGGCAAAAACCACCUGGGUAUCUGUUUUUGCUCUAGUGUUGUGCUAUUGACUUGGGUGUACUUUCAGAGUUGAUUCUUCGCUGUAGAUCCCCUCAUGUCCAAUUCCGGAUGCAUCAUCUUGUCUCUUGUCUUGACAGAAAGUGAUAUGAGACUAUUACAUAUGUGUGCUCAAAACACCCCGUCACUCCAACUCCCUGAACAUAUAAUGACAAAAUCCAAAAAACAAAACAAAAAAACACAAAAAAAGCACAAAAAAUAAAACAAAAACAAAAACAGCAUGUAAAAAUGUACUAAUGUCCUUCUUUGUGUGUUUAGCAUUGAAAAGAAUCAUGUAAAAAAAAGUGAGGAUGCACAUUAUUACUAUUAAACAGGACACACAGUAUUAAAGCGGCAGUUUACUAGCAUUUUAGCCUGAAUUUCUUUGCAUGAGUCACUCAAACACAAAAGUUUGGUGUUAAAACUUUCUUUUUUUGGUCAUUUUCAUUUUCUAUUGAAUGCUGGUUAACUAAACCUUUUUCUCUUAUCUAUUUUCCAAGCUUUGUAAGUGCAUAAACUAUUUUUGUCUCAAAGAUGAUAAAGAUGCAGAUUAUUUAAAUGAAAGCUAUAAUGACGUUGUCGAGAUUAAGAUUAUGAAAUUUGGUGGUGAUAUUUCAAUGGCAUGCUUUUGUAUUCAAGCUCAUUGUUGUCAAUGCAGGGUGGCUGACGUUUAUGAAGGAAGAGGAUGUGAACACGUCUUGAGACUUUUCUACAUCACAAAUGCUGUAGUAUUACAGUAGUUACAACAGGAGUGCACGAAUCGCUGAAUAUCCCAUUCUCAUUCAGCUGGAAUAAUAGAAUUAUUCUCAUCAAUAGACAGCGAAGUAAUUAGUGGUUGUGCUUUUGCCAGUGCUGUUUAAGACACAUCUGCCUGAAGAGUGUGGAGUUGCUCUUUAAUUGUUUCUGGCAACUCUUGAGCACAUUUGAUUGCGUCAGGGGACGUGAUCCCACCCUCAAGUGUAAAUGUACCAUAAACGAUAGUUACAACAGUUACAACACACCACAUAAUAAGUUAAACAUGUGCACGCUUCAGAAAGAUGUGAAUUACACUAAUACUAUUACCUGCACUGACAACACAGAGCUCUACUUUGUUUUUAGUACCGUACUGUUUUCACUCUAUUCCUGACCCCCGAACCACCCCCCCCCCCCCAAAGCUGUUCUUCCGUUCCACCUCACUGGGUAGUUUCUCUGAAGUUGAAGUCUUCACGGUAGCCUUCUUGUCAGUUUUGAGUUUCUGUAUAAGAUAUUAAUCUGUUUAAUUUCUCUGAUUAUUCUUACUAUUAUUGUUGCUCUGUUCCCGAACCUGCUCUAUGUGUUACCUGACUUAAGGAAAUGUGUUCAAGUGUUCUAAAUAAAAAUGAAGAUUUAAAUACUGAA